CUUUCAAGAGGUUCCUAAAAAGGAAUAUACAUAUCUGUGACAUAUAUUGGGGAGGAAAAACUUUAAUGUCUAGUACAACAUUUCUUGACUUUUCCUUCUACUCUUUUAGUUUAGUGUUGACUUUUGCUGUAUAAUUAAUGUAUAGUGAAUGGAAGGUGGAUAGGAAAGGAUUUUAGUUAAGUUAUCAGAGUGGUGAGAUUUUGAGAUCCAUUUGAAGUUGAUAAUGAGCCAAAGAGUAUUAGUAGUCCUGCUGCUUGUUUUGAAUUAUGUGUUGGUUGCAGAAGGAGAAACAGCUGAUGGAGAUUUGACCACAUUUUUGUCUCUUAUAAAUACCUGGGAGAACACCCCUCCUAAUUGGGUGGGUUCAGAUCCUUGUGAUGAUUGGGUUGGAAUCAAGUGCAAGAAUUCACACAUUACAUCAAUAACAUUAUCAAGCACCGGUUUGGCUGGUCAGCUUUCUGGAGAUAUUGGAUCACUAUCUGAAUUAGAGACUUUGGAUCUAUCUUACAACAAGGACUUGACUGGACCACUUCCAGAAUCCAUUGGGGAAUUGAAGAAGCUGGCAACCUUAAUUCUUGUUGGUUGUAGCUUCAAGGGUCCUAUUCCAGACAGCAUAGGAAAUAUGCAGGAGCUCCUCUUCUUAUCAUUAAAUUCCAAUAGCUUUAGUGGACCAAUUCCUCAUUCUAUUGGUAAUCUAUCAAAGCUUUAUUGGUUAGAUUUAGCUGACAAUCAACUUCAAGGGAACAUCCCGGUAUCUAGUGGCGACAUAUCUGGUCUUGAUAAGUUACACCAUGCCAAGCAUUUUCAUCUUGGGAAGAAUAAUCUCUCAGGCAGUAUUCCUCCUCAACUUUUUAGCUCGGAAAUGGCUCUGAUUCAUGUGCUUUUGGAAAGCAAUCAACUCACUGACAAGAUUCCACCUACCCUUGGACUAGUUCAGAGUCUGGAGGUGGUGCGCUUAGAUGGUAAUUCAUUAAAUGGACCUGUGCCUCCAAACAUCAACAAUCUUACUCAUGUUCAAGAUCUGUACUUGUCCAACAAUAAACUGUCAGGCUCCCUGCCAAACCUUACUGGAAUGAAUGCCCUCAGCUAUCUGGACAUGAGCAACAAUAGUUUUAAGCCAUUGGAUUUUCCAGGAUGGUUUUCAACUCUUAAGUCCUUAACAACAUUAAAGAUGGAGAGAACACAACUUCAAGGACAGGUUCCUACUUCUUUGUUUACACUUAUCAAUUUACAGAUUGUGGUUCUAAAAGACAACAAAAUAAAUGGUACCUUGGAUAUCGGCUCCUCCUACAGCAAUCAGCUGCGACUUGUUGAUUUUGAGACUAAUUCAAUUGACAGCUUUGAGCAAAAAGACGAAGUUCCAAAUGUGAAAAUCAAGAUAAUACUUAAAGAUAACCCAAUUUGUCAAGAAAAUGGAGAACUAGAAAGCUACUGCUCCUCUUCUCAACCCAAUGUCUCAUAUUCAACACCACUAAAUAACUGUCAACCUGGUACCUGCAGUUCAGAACAGAUUCUUAGUCCCAACUGUAUAUGCGCAUAUCCAUAUUCAGGAACCUUAACUUUCAGGUCACCUCCCUUUUUGGACUUUGAUAACAAAACUUACUACUCAAUGCUUGAGGAGGGUCUUAUGAACUCUUUUAAGUCUCAUUUUCUACCUGUGGAUUCGGUUUUGUUGAGCCAUCCAAGUAAGGAUUCAACUCAGUAUCUCGAAUUGAGCUUACAAGUCUUCCCAUCAGGACAGAAUCAUUUCAAUCGAACAGGGGCUUUUAGCAUUGGUUUUCUGCUUAGCAACCAGACUUUUAAGCCUCCUAAAGUUUUUGGACCAUUUUAUUUUGUUGGAGAUAAAUAUGAACACUUUGAAAACUCUGAAGGAUUGACUGAAUCGAGUAAAUCUUCAAACAUUGGAAUCAUAAUUGGGGCAGCAGUGGGUGGUUUGGUCCUGCUAGUGUUACUACUACUAGCAGGUCUUUAUGCUUUCCGCCAAAAGAAAAGGGCCGAAAAAGCAAUUGGACAAAGCAAUCCCUUUAGACGCUGGGAUACAGCUUCGAGCAAGAGUGAGGUCCCUCAGUUGACAGAAGCAAGGAUGUUUUCUUUUGAAGAGCUUAAAAAAUACACCAAAAAUUUUUCUCAAGUCAAUGGCAUUGGAUCUGGGGGUUUUGGGAAGGUUUAUAAGGGAAACCUUCCCAAUGGACAAGUGAUAGCAAUAAAACGAGCUCAAAAAGAAUCUAUGCAGGGAAAGCUUGAGUUUAAAGCGGAAAUUGAGCUCCUAUCAAGGGUCCACCAUAAGAAUCUUGUCAGCCUUGUGGGAUUCUGCUUUGAGCACGAAGAACAAAUGCUGGUUUAUGAGUAUGUUCAAAAUGGAAGUUUAAAGGACGCUCUCUCAGGGAAGUCAGGAAUUAGAUUAGAUUGGAUUAGAAGGCUAAAAAUUGCCCUUGGUACUGCCCGUGGUUUGGCUUAUCUUCACGAACUUGUUAAUCCUCCCAUCAUACAUAGGGACAUCAAAUCAAACAAUAUUUUGCUGGAUGACCGCCUGAAUGCCAAAGUUUCUGAUUUUGGUCUCUCCAAGUCUAUGGUUGAUUCUGAGAAAGAUCAUGUUACCACUCAAGUUAAAGGAACAAUGGGUUACUUGGAUCCAGAGUAUUAUAUGUCUCAACAAUUGACUGAGAAGAGUGACGUUUAUAGCUUUGGAGUGCUCAUGUUGGAGCUGAUUUCAGCAAGAAGGCCGUUGGAACGAGGGAAGUAUAUUGUGAAAGAGGUUAGGAAUGCACUUGAUAAGACAAAAGGGUCAUAUGGUCUUGAUGAGAUCAUUGACCCAGCCAUUGGUCUAGCGUCCACCACACUGACACUGAGCGGUUUUGACAAGUUUGUGGAUAUGACCAUGACAUGUGUUAAAGAGUCAGGUUCUGACAGACCUAAAAUGAGUGAUGUGGUAAGAGAAAUCGAAAACAUCUUGAAGUCAGCCGGUGCAAACCCCACUGAGGAAUCACCCUCCAUCUCUUCUAGUUAUGAGGAGGUCAGCAGAGGGAGCUCAAGCCAUCCUUAUAAUAGCAACGACACCUUUGAUUUGAGUGCAGGACUUCCAUAUCCAAAAGUUGACCCCAAGUAAUCCAUAAUUCACUACCUCAAAUCCAAAUUGUUUAUAUAUAUACAAGUUUACUAAAUGUUGAGCCAGUGUGUGUACAUAGUGCAUGUUUGGAUUUCAGUUCAAAAUGCCAUGCACCAAUUCCAAAAUAAAGGUAGGGUCUAGAUGCUUUUACAAACUUCAUCUUGCUACAAAUGUUCGUUUGGAAUUGUAAAACAAACAUGCACAUGAUCUUUAGCUUGAGAUUGGACACGUCAUCCGAACUUCUUAUCAGUAUUUUGAAUAUCAUUGAUUACUGUUGGUUUUGAUCA